UAGAUAUGUCAGGAGGAAAGAAAGUUAAUGAAUGGUGUAGAAAAAUAUUAAAAUCACCCAAUCACUUCUCAACUAAAUUUAUUGUUAAAGAAUUUAUUGAGGAAAAAACAAGUCCAAUUAUAUCUUCUAAUCUGGUGAUCCCAGAAAUCUUUGAAGAGUCUGAGUUUAAAAUUGAGGAGAAACAAAAAGUGGAAGAAAAAAUCAAAACAAAAGCAGCUGGAGAUAUUAAAAUUCAAAAAGAGUUAGUUCUAGAAAAAUUACAAGAUGAGAGAAUAUCAUCUUUAAAUUUGAAAGAAAAAAGGAAUGAGAAGGCUCUCUUAUCAACUAAAGCCCCAAUUUGCGAGGAAAAAGAGUUUAGUGUCAACUUAAUUGGAAAAACAAAUUUGGAGGAUAUUCAAGAAAUACAAAAAUCAAAAAGUCAAACAAAUAUUUCAUUUAAAUCAAAAGAAAUUAGCGAAGAAGGAUUAAAUUCAAAUAUUUAUAUUGAAAAUAAAUUAAAAGACAAAAAUGAAAUUGAAGUUAUCUAUUCAGACAUGAAUAAAAUACAAGAAAAAUUAAAUACAAAAACAUUUGGAGAUAUUAAAAUUGAGGAAGAAAAAUCUCUUCAAAAAUCAAAAUCUGAAGCAGAAGUUUUUAAAUUAGUAAAAGAACAAAGAAAAGAAGAAAUAAAUAUAAAUACAAAAAUAUUUAAAGAGGAAUUUAAAAAUUUCCAAGCAAAUUUGAUUGGAAAGGAAGACUGGGAAAGUUAUAGAAAAAUAAUUAAAUCUGCCAGUCAAUCAUCAGUUAUUUCCAAAAUAAAAAAAUUUGGUGAAACGAGAUUUGAUUCUUCUAUCUCUUUUGAUCAGAGAACAAAAACUUGGGGAGAAUUUGAAAUUGAAAUUAAAGAGAAGAGAAAAUUGGAAGAGAACAUCAACACAAAAUCAGUUGGGGAUUUCAAAACACAAAAAGAAAUAAUUUUCGAAAAAUUAUUUUCCCAAGAAAAUACAAAUUUGAAUAUGAAGGAAAAAUUAAAAGAAAAAUCCCUUUUGUCAACAAAAGCCUCAAUUUACGAGAAAAAAGAAUUUUUUGCUAAUUUAAUUGUUGGAGAGGAAUCGGAAAGUGCUAAAAAAUUACAAAAAUCAGCUAGUUUAUCAUCAGUUAUUUUCAAAGUAAGGGAAUUUGUUGAAACGAGAUCUGAUUCGUUUAUUUCUAUUAAUCAAAGAAUGAGAGAUUCUGAAGAGUUUGAACUUAAAAUAGAAGAGAAGCGAAAAUUAGUAGAAAAAUUCAACACAAAAUCAGCUGGAGAUUUCAAAAUUGAAAGUCAAAUGAUUCUAGAAAAACUAAUUUGUGAAGAGAAAGCUGAUCAGAAUUUGAAGGAAAAAUUACAAGAAAAAACUUUCCUUUCAUCUAAAGCCUCAAUCCAAGAAUUAAAAGAAUUUUCAGCCAAUUUUGUAGGAAAAGAAGAAUGGGAAAGCUCAAACAAGAUAAUUAAAUCAGUCAGUCAGUCUUCAAUUAAAUUUAAAGGCAGGGAAUUUAGUCAUGAAAGGGCAAGUUCUGUUAUAUCCUUUUAUCGUGAACAACAAGGUUUUGAAGAUUUUGAAAUUGAAAUUAAGGAGAAGAGAAAAUUAAAUGAGAAAAUAAAUACAAGAGCAAUUGGGGAUUUCAAAACACAAAAGGAAAUAAAUUUCGAAAAAUUAUAUACCCAUGAGAAUACAAAUUUAAAUAUGAAGGAAAAAUUAAAAGAAAAAUCCUUUUUAGCAACUAAAGCUUCAAUUUACGAGAAAAAGGAUUUUACCGUAAACUUGAUUGGAAAAGAAGAAUGGGAAGGUACCAGAAAGCUUCAAAAAUCAGCCAGUUUAUCAUCAGUUAUUUCUAAUUUAAGAGAAUUUGUUGAAACGAGAUCUGAUUCGGUUAUUUCAAUUAAUCAAAGACCAAAAGACUGGGAAGAGGUUGAAUUUAAAAUAAAAGAAGAAAGGCAAUUAAAAGAAAAAAUAAAUAUAAAUGCUGUUGAAGAUUGCAAAAUUGAAGAGAAAAUAAUUUUCAGAAAACCUAAUGCCGAAGAAAAGGCAACUUUAAAAUUAAAAGAAAAAUUAAAAGAAAAACAAGAAGGAAAAAUGAAUUUCAAUUUAAGAGCUUCAAAUUUAAGUUUAAAUUUACUGGGAAAAGAAGAAUGGGAAAAUGCCGGAAAAAUACAAAAAUCAGCUAGUGAAAUAAAUAUUUCAAUUAAAUUAAAGGAAUUUAUUGAAACAAAAUUUGAUUCGAUUAUUUCCUUUAAUCAGAGACCAAAAGAUUCUGGGGAAUUUGAAAUUGAAAUUAAAGAGAAAAGAGAAUUGGAUGAGAAAAUAAAAACAAAAUCAGCUGGAAAUUUUAAAAUCGAAAGUCAAAUUAUUUUGGAACAUCCAGAUUCUGAAGAAAAAAUUGAUAUGAAAUUAAAGGAAAAAUUACAAGAGAAAACUUUCCUUUCAUCAAAAGCCUCAAUCAAAGAAUUAAAAGAAUUUUCAGCCAAUUUUGUAGGAAAAGAGGAAUGGGAAAAUUCAAAGAAGAUAAUUAAAUCAGCAAGUCAAUCUUCAAUUAAAUUUUUUGGUAGAGAAUUUAGUGAAGAGAGGGCAAUUUCUUCGAUAUCAAUUGAUCAGAAACAAAAAGAUUUUGAAGAAUUUGAAAUUAAUUUAAAGGAAAAGAGACAAUUAAAAGAGGUAAUGAACACACAAGAACUUCAAAAUAAUGAAAUUCGAGAAGGGGUUUUUAUGGAAAAAUUACAGAAUGAGGGAAUCUCAUCUUUAAUUUUGAAGGAAAAAAGGAACGAAAAGGAUGUUUUAUCAACUAAAGUCCCAAUUUACGAGGAAGAAAAAGUUUCUACCAAAUUACUUGGUAAAGAAGAGAUGGAGAAUAUUAGAAAAAUACAAAAAUCAAAAAACCAAACAAAUAUUUCAUUUGAAGGAAGAGAAAUGAUCGUUUACUCAGACAAAUAUAAAAUACAAGAAAAAUUAAAUACAAAAACAUUUGGAGAUGUUAGAAUUGAGGAAGAAAAAUUUCUGCAAAAAUCAAAAUCUGAAGCAGAAGUCUCUAAAUUAAUAAAAGAACAAAGAAAAGAAGAAAUAAAUAUAAAUACAAAAACAUUUAAAGAGGAAUUUAAAAAUUUCCAAGCAAAUUUGAUUGGAAAGGAAGACUGGGAAAGUUAUAGAAAAAUAAUUAAAUCUGCCAGUCAAUCAUCAAGACCGAAAACUUGGGGAGAAUUUGAAAUUAAAAUUAAAGAGAAAAGACAAUUGGAAGAAAAAAUAAAAACAAAAUCAGCUGGAGACAAUAAAAUUCAAAGUCAAAUAAUUUUUGAACAUUUAAAUUCUGAAGAAAAAGCUGAUUUAAAUUUAAAGGAAAAAUUACAUGAAAAAGCCUUUUUAUUUUCAAAAUCUUCAAUUUAUGAGAAAAAAGAAUUUUCUGCAAAUCUAAUAGGAAAAGAGGAAUGGGAAAGUACCAAACUUUUACAAAAAUCGAAAAGUGAAACUUUUGUAGAAUUUAAAAUUAAAGAAUUUAGCGAAACUAGAGCUUCAUCAUUUGUAUUUUUAGAAAUAAAGGACGAGGAAAAAGAAGAAAAAGAAUUUAUCAAAUUUAAAGAAGAAAAACAACAAUUAAAAGAAAAUUUAAAUAUAAAAUCUCCAAAAGAAAUAACAACUUCAAUAAUUAAACAAAAACAAUUAGAAGAAUCUAUUGCAAAUUUUACUUCAAAAUUAAAACAAUUUUUACCUAUCGAAAAAACAUUUAAAAUUGAAGAAUUAAAUAAAACAGAAAAAAUUGAGAAAAGGGCAAAAAGUGUGGAGACUGAUAUUUUUUAUUUGAAAGAAAUUCCUUUAACUAAAACAUUUUGUAGUUUAAGAGAAUUUUUAUUUGAAGAAUUAAAUACUGGGGUAGCUAUAGAAAGAAAACAAAAAUUAAUUAAAGAAGCUAAAACUGAUAUUGAAUUUAAAGUUGGAAAGUGGUUAGAACAACAACAACAACAAAUUGAAGAAAAGAAGGAAGAAAAAGGAAAAGAAGUUGUUUUAGGUUUUGAUGUAAUUCAACAACCAAAAAGUUUUCAGAUAGAAAAGAAAGAAAAAGAAAUAAAUAAAACAGAAAUAUUAUCAACAAAAAUUGAAGAAUCUAAAUUUGAAGAAAAGGAAAUAAUUAAAAAUUUAAUAAAAGAAGAAGAAAUUAAAAAAGAAAAUAUUAAAUUAAAAGAAAUUGGGGAAGAAAAAAUAAAUAUAAAAAUUAAGGAGGAGGAAGAAGAAAAUAUAUUAAUUAUUAAAAAUUUUGAAAAUAAAAAAUUAUUUGAAGAAAAAAUUGAAAAAGAAAUUAAACAGAAGAAAAGAGAGGAAGGGAUAUCUACAAUUUUAAGUACUGGGGCAGCUAGGGAUGAAAGAAUGGAAAUUGAAGCUGUAGCAGAAGCUAUUGGGGAAGAGGCGAAAGCUAGUGGGGUUUUGACGGCGAUACAGAGAUUGGCGGCUGAAGCGGCGACUGAGGCUCCCAAAAGGGGUUACUAUUUAGGAAUAAUAUUUUGA